ACGGCACUUGAUUUCUCCAUCCGGUCUCAUUCAUAAUUCAUAAAAAACGUCAGAUGAAGAAGACGUAUACCCUCCGAAUUUUUUUUUUCAAUUAUUUAUUUAUUUAUUCAUUUUCAGAUUGGCCGAUAAGUCAGAUACCUCCGCAUCCUUCCAUUCCAUCAUUCGCGUUUGGAGAGUUAUUUGGACAGAAAAUUUGUGAGAGAGAGAGAACGAGAGCGAGAGAGAGCGAGAUGGAUUUGCUUCCGGCGGAGAACUCGCGGAUCGCGAAGAAGCACGGCUUCAGGUCACUGAAGUUGGUGAACGUGGACAUGGACGAAGCUCUCGGAGAAGUGCCUUUCGGAGCGGAUUACGGAAGGCUCGACAAUGGCCUCUCCUACUACGUCCGAUCCAAUGCCAAGCCUCGAAUGCGAGCUGCUCUAGCUCUCGCCGUCAAGGCCGGCUCAGUUCUGGAAGAGGAGGAUGAACGUGGAGUUGCUCACAUAGUUGAGCAUCUUGCUUUCAGCGCCACCGAGAAGUACACAAAUCAUGAUAUUGUCAAAUUUCUGGAGAGUAUUGGAGCAGAGUUUGGUGCUUGCCAGAAUGCAUCAACAUCUGCUGAUGAGACCAUUUAUGAGUUGUUUGUCCCUGUUGACAAGCCUGAAUUGUUAUCUCAGGCCAUCUCAGUUUUGGCAGAAUUCAGUUUGGAGGUUCGUGUCUCAAAAGAGGACCUGGAAAAAGAAAGAGGAGCUGUUAUGGAAGAGCUUAGAGGAAAUAGGAAUGCAACCGGGCGGAUGCAGGAUGCACACUGGGUGCUAAUGAUGGAAGGUUCAAAGUAUGCUGAGCGGUUACCUAUUGGACUUGAAAAGGUAAUUCGUACAGUUUCUCCAGAGAUUGUGAAGCGAUUUUAUAGGAAGUGGUACAACUUACAUAAUAUGGCUGUGAUAGCAGUUGGAGAUUUUGCUGAUACGCAGAGUGUAGUUGAGUUAAUAAGGACUCAUUUUGGCCAGAAAUUUUCAUCUGACGAUCCUCCACUUAUACCAUGCUUUCCAGUUCCACCUCAUAAGGAGGCACGGUUUUCGUGUUUUGUUGAAUCUGAAGCGGCUGGGUCUGCAGUGAUGAUCAGCUAUAAAAUGCCAGUAGAUGAGCUCAAAACAGUGAAGGACUAUAGGGAGUUGCUUGCUGAAUCAAUGUUCAUAUAUGCCCUAAACCAGAGAUUCUUUAAAAUAUCACGCAGAAAGGACCCCCCCUAUUUCUCAUGCUCAGUUGCAGCAGAUGCUCUAGUUCGUCCAGUUAAAGCUUAUAUAAUGACUUCAUCUUGCAAAGGGAAAGGGACCAUCGAAGCCCUAGAAUCGAUGCUCAGUGAGGUUGCAAGGAUUCGGCUUCAUGGGUUUUCAGAACGUGAAAUCUCUGUUGUUCGGGCAUUAUUAUUGUCAGAGAUUGAAUCUGCUUAUCUGGAGCGAGAUCAAAUACAAUCAACAAGCUUGCGAGAUGAAUAUUUACAACAUUUUCUUCACAAUGAACCUGUUGUUGGGGUUGAGUAUGAGGCCCAACUUCAAAAAACUAUUCUACCUCAUAUAUCAGCAUCAGAAGUAUCCAAAUAUUCUGAAAAGUUCCAAACAUCAUGCAGUUGUGUCAUAAAGACAAUUGAGCCUCAAGCUACUGCAACCGUAGAUGAUCUGAAAAAUGUUGUCUUGAAGAUAAAUUCUAUGGAGGAAGGACGGAACAUACCUCCUUGGGAUGAAGAACACAUCCCUGAAGAAAUUGUCAGCACGAAGCCAAAUCCAGGGGACAUCAUGCAGCAGUUUGAAUAUUCUAAUUCAAAUAUUGGUGUCACUGAAUUAAUUCUAUCAAAUGGCAUGCAAGUUUGUUACAAAUGUACAGACUUCCUUGAUGACCAGGUUCUCUUUACUGGCUUUUCAUAUGGAGGAUUAUCCGAACUUUCAGAAGACGAGUAUUUUUCAUGCUCAAUGGGUUCAACAAUUGCUGGAGAAAUUGGUGUAUUUGGGUAUAAACCAUCGGUGUUAAUGGAUAUGCUUGCUGGUAAGAGAGCUGAAGUUGGUACAAAGAUUGGUGCAUAUAUGAGAACCUUUUCUGGUGAUUGUUCACCUUCAGACUUGGAAACUGCAUUGCAGCUCGUUUAUCAGCUAUUCACAACAAAUGUAGAACCUGGAGAAGAAGAAGUCAAAAUAGUGAUGCAAAUGGCAGAAGAAGCAGUUCGUGCUCAAGAAAGAGAUCCUUACACUGUGUUUGCGAACCGUGUGAGGGAGCUCAAUUAUGGAAACUCCUAUUUUUUCAGGCCAAUAAAAAUUAAUGACCUUCGAAAAGUUGAUCCAUUCAAAGCUUGUGAAUAUUUCAGCAAUUGUUUUAAGGAUCCUUCAACUUUUACUGUUGUGAUUGUUGGGAAUAUUGAUCCCAGUAUUGCAUGUCCAUUAAUAUUGCAGUAUUUGGGUGGGAUUCCGAAGCCUCCUGAAAGUAUUUUGGAUUUUAAUCGUGAUGACCUCAAAGGUUUACCAUUCACAUUUCCAGUGACCAUAAUUAGAGAAGUAGUUCGCAGCCCCAUGGUAGAAGCACAAUGUUCAGUCCAGCUAUGCUUUCCUGUGGAGCUGAAGAAUGAAUCCAUGAUGGAUGACAUUCACUAUGUUGGGCUUUUGAGCAAACUAUUGGAAACAAAAAUAAUGCAAGUUCUACGCUUCGAGCAUGGGCAAAUAUACUCUGCAGGUGUUUCUGUAUUCCUUGGUGGUAAUAAACCUUCACGAGUUGGUGAUGUGCGCGGUGACAUUAGUGUGAAUUUUUCUUGUGAUCCAGACAUUGCCUCUAUGCUGGUUGAUCUUGCACUAGAAGAAGUACUGCGUCUUCAGGAGGAAGGCCCAUCUGAUCAGGAUGUUUCGACCAUCCUUGAAAUUGAGCAAAGAGCCCAUGAAAAUGGACUGCAGGAAAAUUAUUACUGGCUAGAUAGGAUAUUACGCAGCUAUCAAUCAAGGAUUUAUCAUGGUGAUGUUGGUUCUUCCUUUGAGGUUCAAGAUGAAGGGCGUUCUAGAGUUAGAAAAUCUUUAACAGGAUUAACAGCACAGUUGGCAUUAAAGAGGAUACUACCUUAUCCUUGCAAAAAAAAGUAUACUUCAGUAAUUCUAAUGCCUCUUACGUCUCGCUUUAAGUUCUUGAAGUCAUUCUUCUGGUCUAAGCAGAACAGUUGUAGAGAUGCAAAGAUUUUAGCUGGUAUUGCUGGCGUGACAGUUUUGGCCCUCAGUUUGUGGAGGUAUUCACGGAGCAACCUGAAAUCUUAGGAGGCAUUGAUUUCGCAUUCGAUUGACUAGGAAGAUUCAACAUCGCUUUCCAUAACAUAAAUGAUCCAUUCAAAGUGAAUUGAAUCCCUGAAGAACCGUGUCUUGGUUGGGUUUGGAAAGGAGUAAAAACCAUUCGAAAUUUUGCGUGAAGGCCUAGUGGAUCCUCGAAAUCUGUAAUUGUCAUUUUUGGGUCAGGCCUCUUCUGUGUCGUGCAUCAUUCAGUGCUGGCUGUGUCUCAAGCUAAUUCACGCUAACAUCAUACUGAAUUAAGGAGCACGCUACAGAUGAAGUGGAAUUGACUGGAGCCAUUUGCCAGCAAUUCAUGGCUGAUGAAGCCCUAGCUUUUCAUGCGUUUCCACAAGGGGUCCUGGAUUUGUUCCAUGGCAUAUGAAUAUCCCUAUUCAGCUAGUGUGCAUGAUAGUGUAGGUUCGGGCAGGCUACUCCUAGGAUGCGAAGUGAGACGAAAAAAAUCUAUAUUCUCGGCGAGGCCCUCUUCUAAUUUUAUUUUUAUAUUUCUGAAUUGGCAUUUCCAUUUGCUGUUGUGGUAAAGAAUUUUGUAUGUAUAAAAAAGAAAAAAAAUACUCCAGCCAAAAAAGAUUAGGACUCUUGAACACUAUUUCCUAAAAAACAAAAGAAAUUUAGUGCGCGAAAUUGUCAAUUGAAAACUAGAUUUAAUGGCAAUGCAAUGAUCACCUUAAAUGA